GACUUCUGCUGUCAGUGUUGCCACGUCACGUUGCUAUGGAGAUGAAGGCUGACAUUGCCGGGAAGCCACAGGACUCCAUGUUCCACAAGAUCUACAUUCAGAAGCACGAGAAUGUCAGUAUACUAUUUGCUGACAUAUGCGGCUUCACAAGUUUGUCAGACCAAUGCACGGCUCAAGAAUUGGUACGACUGCUCAACGAACUAUUCGCCAGGUUUGACAGACUAGCGCAGGAGCACUACUGUUUGAGGAUCAAAUUGCUGGGAGACUGCUACUACUGCGUGUCCGGUCUGCCUGAGCCGAGACCCGAUCAUGCUCACUGCUGUGUCGAAAUGGGCCUUGACAUGAUUGAUGCCAUUGCGUUGGUUCGCGAAGUGAUGGGUGUGAACGUUAAUAUGCGUGUAGGCAUUCACACAGGGCGUGUGCACUGUGGCGUGUUGGGCCUGCGGAAAUGGCAGUUCGAUGUCUGGUCCAAUGACGUCACACUAGCCAAUUACAUGGAGAGCGGAGGCAUACCUGGCCGCGUUCACAUAACAAAAGAAACACUGAAAUGUCUGGAUGGAGCAUACGAUGUUGAGCCAGGCAGAGGCGGAGAAAAAUUCCUAUUUGAGAGAUCACAACAUCGAAACUUUUCUUAUUGUUCCUGGAAACACUAGUCAAACCUCGUUGAAAAAGCCCUCAGGUUACUCGAUGAAUGGAAGUGUGGCGAAAGAGCUGAGAGUCAUGGGCCAUACGGGGCAGGCUAAACAUCAUAAGCUGAAAUUCGGCGAAAGUGUGGAGCUG